CAUUGCGUCUUGGUCACGUGGUCUUUCUGGAAUCUCAAGAUCGCGCUUUCAUCUGUAAGGUUUCGCAGACAUCCUCACCUCAAGGCAAUCAGGCAAUCAACUAACAUCGCUGGGUAAAUCCUCAUUUUCCUGACAACAACCUGUUAAAGAUAUACGUACAGGCACAGUCUAAAAAGUUGCAAAAAUGACAACCAUCAGGUUUGGGAGCAGCACUGGACCAUGCCAGACUCGCUCGGUGGAGAAAAUGUGUCCAGAACAAUCUGAGGAAAAGGGAGAAUUUGACCCGGACAGACUUUUCCAGUGCCCGUUUGAUAAAAACCACCAGAUUCGUGUUUGUCGACUACCAUAUCACAUUAUCAAAUGCAAGAAGAACCAUCCACAACUGGCAAAGGAACUUAGAACUUGUCCAUUUAAUGCUUGCCACCUUGUGCCUAAGGAGGAGCUGGCCAGCCACACUGACACAUGUCCGUACAAAAUUUCCAUGGGCACAGACAGUGGUGGAGUUGAAAAACCCAGAAAAUGGGAGGUUCCAAUCAUGUCACAAUUCAGCGCAGACAUGACUGAAGACUGGGAGAAUGAGGUUGAUGAAGAAGCAGUUCCUUUUGUGUGGGGUAACAAUACUCAUCGAUCAGAGGCCAGACCCACCAACAUCAUUGGUUCAAAUUUUCGUCCACCAACUUCACUGCCAUGGUAGACAAAAAUGGUUUACACAGGACUUUAUUUCUCAUUUAAGUUGCUGUUCGAGCAGAUUGAUGUUUUUUUGAAUACUAAUUGUUCUUAAUUGUUUUAACACAUUUAGCUUUUCAGUAUUUCAUUUUUUGUGUUGAUUUUAUAUUAAAAUGUUUGCAUCAAA